UCGUGGGAGGCAAGGAAAGGCGGCUGCUCUGUUGCAGUGAGGGGCCGGCAAGAGAGAGGCCGCCUGCUGCCCUGCAGAGGGGGCAGGAGCCAGAAAGCACCCCCCUCAUCUCAGCGCUGCUCUUCCUGCCGGGCCGCAUCCUGGAAGGGAGGAGUUUCAGGCAGCGGCUGUUGAACCUGUUUGUUCUGCCACUGCCACAGGCCACUCCUGGAGGAAGCUGGGGAAGGAGGAGACCUUCUCGGCUAUAGCCUGCGUGGAGGUUCUGCUCCCUUUCAUCCAAAGCCCUGCAGUAGAGUCUGGCGCCAGCCCUGUGGCUGCCCAUGAAGGUCCUGCCCGACUCCCAGGCUGAUGCCCGCGCCACCCUCGGAGCCCCUGGAAUGGAAUGAGUCUAUGCAUGCCCUGCGGAUAAGUGUGGGGGGCCUGCCCGUGCUGGCGUCCAUGACCAAGGCCGCAGACCCCCGCUUCCGACUGCGCUGGAAGGUGAUCGUGUUCUUCUUCGUGGGCGCCGCCACGCUCUGGAUGUUCUAUGCCCCCCGCUCGUCCUCCCUCAGGCCCCCCGCGCCCAACGCCCACAACUGGAGACUCGGCCCGGGGUCGGCCGACCGCUACAAUGACACCUACCCCCUCUCCCCGCCCCAGAAGACGCCCGGUGGCACCCGGUACCGCAUCGCUGUUAUUGCUGACCUGGACACAGAGUCCAAGGCCCAGAAGGAACACACCUGGUUCAGUUACCUGAGAAAGGGCCACCUGACCCUGUCAGACAGCGGGGACCGGCUGGUUGUGGAGUGGGACCCAGGCCACGAGGUCCUGGAGUCCCACCUGGCGGAGAAGGGGCGGGGCAUGGAGCUCUCGGAGCUGAUUGUCUUCAACGGGAAGCUCUACUCUGUGGACGACCGGACGGGCGUGGUCUACCAGAUUGAGGGCUCCAAGGCCGUGCCCUGGGUGAUCCUGUCCGACGGUGACGGGACCGUCGGCAAAGGCUUCAAAGCCGAGUGGCUGGCCGUGAAAGACGAGCAUCUGUACGUGGGCGGCCUGGGCAAGGAGUGGACCACCGCCACAGGCGAGGUGCUGAACGAGAACCCUGAGUGGGUGAAGGUGGUGGGCCGCAAGGGCAGCGUGGACCAUGAGAACUGGGUGGCCAGCUACAAUGCCCUGAGGGCCGCCGCUGGCAUCCAGCCGCCAGGCUACCUCAUCCACGAGUCCGCCUGCUGGAGUGAGGUGCUGCAGCGAUGGUUCUUCCUGCCGCGCCGGGCCAGCCGCCAGCGCUACAGCGAGAAGGACGACGAGCACAGGGGCGCCAACCUGCUGCUGAGCGCCUCCCAGGACUUCAGCGAUGUCUCUGUGCGCCGCGUCGGGGAGCUGGUCCCCACGCACGGCUUCUCCUCCUUCAAGUUCGUGCCCAAUACCGAUGAUCAGAUCAUCGUGGCCCUCAAGUCCGAGGAGGACAGAGGUAAGAUUGCCACCUACAUCAUGGCCUUCACGCUCGACGGCCGCUUCCUCCUGCCAGAGACCUGGAUCGGGAGCGUGAAGUACGAAGGAAUAGAGUUUAUCUGAAAUGUACCAAAAGGCAGGAAGACGUUGAGCAGAGCCACGGGGUGCGAGGUUUGUUUCAAGCUCCUUCAGGACUACAUUUUCUAAGAACCAGAGGACUGCAUUUUUAUGUGGGCUUCUUUUUUUUUUUUUCCUUUUUGGAAGUAGUAGUUCUGUGCCAGUUUUAGAGAUUUCCUGAGAAGGGGGUUCAGUUUCAGGGCGCAUCAAGCCACAGGGAUAUGACACCAAGAAGCUGGGAGAAGGGACUGUGGCUCCCCGUGGCUGCCAUGGCCAGACUGCUCCUCUGCGCUGCCAUCUGGUGGUAACAAUUGAUCACUGCAUCUUAACUGGGAGCCUGUGUUUUCAAUUCUGCCAUGCCCUUUCUUUCCUCUGAGCUUCCUUUCCCUCCUUCCAUUCAUUCUUCUGUUCAAUAAAUAUUUAUUGAGCACCAA